AUGCAUUCCCUCGUGAAGCCAAAUCGAUGGGUAUCCCUGAAGCUUCUAUCUGAAGAUACAAAGGUCAUUCAGAUCAUUCCGAACACAACCAUCUCACUGGGCAAAUUCGGCUCGUUCCCGACAAAUCUCAUCAUCGAUCGACCAUUUCACCUGACGUACGAGAUCCAAGACAGACGCGAAGGCGAGAACUUUAGCAGGUUACGCGUCGUCCCCCCGAGCGAGAUCCACGCCGAUGCCCUGGUCGAUACGAGCGCGGAGCCCGCCGAAGAAGAUGGCGUCGACCUCGAGAACGUGAUCGCCGCCCCCGAUGGCGCAGAGUUCGCGGUUGUGGACAAUGAGAGCGGCGAUGUCGUGGCGCGGUCGCGCCGCGAGAUCAUCGACGAGACGGCGCGCCAGACCUUGACUGCCGAAGAGAUCGAGGCCUUGAAGCAGGGCAACACCGACGCCGGCAAGGACAUCAUUGCGAAGCUCCUCCUGUCCCAUACUGCCAUCGACCAGAAGACAUCAUUCUCCCUGGCCAAAUACAAGCUCCUCAAGACGAAGAAGUACAUCCGCCGCUUCACGAUACAGCCUCUCGACCCCUUGACCCUGGGCAAGUGGUUUUUGGAAGAGAAGGACGCGGGCAAGGUGCUGGAGAUGAGGGAGGAGAUGAUGGGUCUGCUUGGCUGCUGGGCUAACGUUCACUUUGGUGGGCUUCCCCCUACCGAUCAGCCCGAGGUGGUAACGGCCGAUGGUCUUGGCAUGUUGGACAAGUCCGAGAUUGGCGGCCGGUGGUUAGUCGUGGACGACACCGGAGGUCUCGUGACCGCGGCCAUGGCCGAGAGAAUGGGCUUCUUAUACCCCAAUGACGAUGAAGAGGACGCCCAGCAGGAGGAGGAUAAGGAUGCUGCUCAAACCGUGCCGAACGGAGACAAGGCCACAGAGACGAGUGCGGAUGCCGAGCAUGCGAACACUGAACCUGUUGCUCCCCAGGCAACAACAGGAGCCGACGAGGACAUGGCCGACGCACCAGGCGAGAAGGACGGAGAAGCACCGAAGCAGCAGCACUCUCGCCGAAGACAGCCUCCUCGUCGCGCCGAUUUCGAGUCUGUUUUCGCGCCCACCAACACUCUGACCCUCGUGCACCCGAACAGUCAGCCGAACCUCGCCCUCCUUAAAUACUACAACUUUGACAGCACCAUUCCGAACCAGCCUUACCCCCUACACCCUCUCGCGACGAAUCUCCUCCCCAUCUCCUGGCUCCAGCUCCUCGAGCCCGAGGAAGACGUCACAUACUCCACGCAGCCCCCUGAGGUCUCGGACGAGGUGCUCCAUUCCUGGAAGGCUAACCGCCGAGGGAACUACCACCGCAAGCGCAGACGCUGGGCUCGCACACGCUAUAUAGUCGACUCGACGCGUGCGGGCGGCUUCUCCGGUCUCGUCAUUGCGACGACCAUGGACGUCGUGUCUGUUCUGCGCCACACAUUGCCGCUCUUGGCCGGCGGAGCCCCCAUCGCCAUCUACUCACAGAGCAUCGAGCCUCUGACCGAGCUCGCCGACUGCUUCAGCAUCGCUCGCCGUGCAGGCUGGUCCACGAAUCCCCCGGCCGAGGCCACUGGAAAGUCGAUCCAGGAGUUGGAACAUUGGGAAGGAUCGGACGAUUUCCCCAUCAACCCGACCCUUCUCUUGGGUGCCAAUGUGCAGACCAGUCGUGCAAAACGUUGGCAGGUGCUCCCCGGCCGCACGCAUCCGAUGAUGAUGGGCCGCGGCGGAGCAGAGGGCUACAUCUUUACCGGGUGGAAGGCGGUCCCCGCCGAGGGCAAGGUGGAGGCUCGCGGCAAGUUUAAGAGAAGAAAGACGGAGGCGUAG